AUGCUGCAUUUGAACACGCUGAAGUGCGUUGGACUCUCAUCAGCCCCAGCCAGCCUGGCCGGAGAUAUAUUGUUCUUACGUCCCAGAGGUGACUGGUUCCUGCUGGAGAGCCGAAAAGUGAGACACGUCGCCGUGGGCGUGUUUUGCUGUGCUGUUUCAGCCUACUUAGCAGCCCUCUCAAUGUAUGUACUGAUGGUGUUUGAGAGAGAAACAGGAAUCACCUGUGCCUGCAUCUUCUCCUCUGGGAUCACCGUCCUGAUCAUUACAGCGAUCCAUGUGCUCGUCCGGGCUUCCAAAGCCACACAACGCAGCCCAGGAGAACUGCCACACACCCUUUACGAGAAUGACUCGGCCGAGAGUGGCGAAACACCCGCCAUUCCGAAUCCUAAUGAUGCCCCAAAUGUGGCCUCUCCUCGGCCACAUCUGGAAAUCCACCAAGAGGUUCCAUACCUGCCCUACGUGGAACAGAAGUCCCACCAGACUACCCCAGCGAGCAGCACCGACGUCACAUCCUCGGACAGUGUUGCGCCAACCCUGGAGAAAGAGGGCUGCAGCAUCCCCAGAAUGCACCGGACACUUUCGGCAGAGUCUGGCCUUCUGCUCAGCCACGGAAAGCCCUGGCAUGGGGUGAGGCAGGAAAUGAGGAAAGCCCUUUCUCGCAAACCGGCGGGAUCAGGCAAAGAUUCAACCUUGGUGUAAAAUCUCAGAAAGUGGGAACCUCAUUAUCUCCAGAGAUCUUCAACAUACAGACGACCCUUGCUUCGAAGAAACAUGCACUAUCAUUUUAUUGCUUCAUGUGCUAUCUCAUUCACUCCUAGGAAGAGGCGUGACAACCGGGUUUAGAUUCCUUCAAAAGGAGAUUAGGGUCAGCCCCACUAGGUAGACCAGACUAGAAAAUCAACUCCACAGGAAGACCAGAACUACACUUUAUUGAGAUAGGCUAUAAUAACAGGAUCUUGCAAGUCUGAUUUUGCUGUCCCUCCCCUCCUUGGAUCAGGGAGUUUUUUGCCCGAGCCACUUCUGAAUAUUAUCUUGAUUCCUAGGACUUAAAGAACAUUUCUGACUUCUUUACCUAGGUCAGUGUUUCUCAAUCUUAGCAACUUUAAGAUGAGUGACUUCAAUUCCCAGAACUCCCCUGCCAGCCACA